CGUGGUUUGAAACCGGGAUUUGCCGGUGGCGGUAACUCGUAAAAGCUGAUCUCUCUAGUAUUGCAAGACUGGGAUUUGCUGAAGAAGCAAAGACAGAGAGAGUUCACCUAUUUAGGGUAUGACAGUUCAUUUGGUUUAGGGAGAAGAGCAAGAGUAUUGGGAGUAUUGGGUUAAAGGCUUUAAGUUUAAAUGGGGAGGAUUUACCUGGUUGAAUUGGAAGGCAGAACUUACAGAUGCCGAUUCUGUGAUAGCCCACUUGCUCUCGCCGACGAUGUCCUCUCUCGGUCUUUCAACUGCCGUCAAGGGAGGGCAUAUCUGUUCAGCAAUGUGGUGAAUAUAACGCUUGGUCCUGAAGAAGAGAGGCUAAUGCUUUCUGGUUUGCAUACUGUAGAAGAUAUAUUUUGUGUCUGCUGUGGACAGAUUCUUGGCUGGAGAUAUGUAAUUGCACAUGAUAAAAACCAAAAGUACAAGGAAGGAAAGUUUGUCCUAGAGAGAUGGAGGAUAGAGGAGGAUGUAGCGGAAGAAUUCAAUCUGGACUCCCGGCCCGGUUCAAGUGAUGCAGAUAUUCCAUGAGCUGGUUAUUGCAUUCAUAUAAACUUAAUAAAAGCAACAAAGCUUAUGUGGUUUGAUAAUCAUGUGAGCAAGUUCAGUAGUUGUAAAAAAAAAGAUUGCAGAUGUCCAAAAUAUAUAAGAAUUUCGGCAGUGUAUAUAUAUAUGUUAUCUCUAUAUCGGAAGUCAAUAUUAUCUAUUCACUUGGAGUUGCCUUGUGUUUACUGGGUCUCAGAUUCACCAAGAUGCUUUGUAAUAUACAAUGCUACCCAUUAGCCUUAAUCUUAAGCAUCUAGAAGUCAUUCCAGGCUAGAGGGCGUGGUUGUUUGGUCUA